AACAGGCCUAGUGCCCUAUUCAUUCCUUUACAUACUGGUAACUAUUAUUCAUUGUAUAUAUUAUACCUCACAUUUAAACGAUCAAGAUGCUUUCUAGCUCUCUCCUUGUUAGCCUUGGUCUUGCGACCUUGGCCGCUGCCGCUCCCUCACGCACCGUCAAGGCUCGUCAAGCCUCCAGUGGCCAGAACGCUGUUUACUGGGGAGGUACCAACAACGAAAACGACAAUCUGUCCACUUACUGCACAUCCAGCUCAGGGAUUGACAUUGUCAUCCUUUCUUUCUUGGACAUCUAUGGCCCAACUGGCAACUUCCCGGCUGGUAACAUUGGCAACUCAUGCUAUGUUGGCACAAAUGGAGUCCCCCAGCAAUGUGACGGCCUAGCCUCUUCCAUCGCGACUUGUCAGGCUGCUGGAAUCAAGGUUAUCCUGUCUCUCGGUGGUGCGGCUAGUUCAUACUCUUUAGCAUCCCAGUCACAGGCUGUAGCCAUCGGUCAAUACCUGUGGAGCGCGUAUGGCAACUCUGGAAACACCACUGUCCAGCGCCCCUUUGGCAACGUGUUUGUCAACGGCUUUGACUUUGACAUUGAGUUGAACGCUGGCAGCCAGUAUUACCAAUACAUGAUCUCAACACUGCGCUCCAGCUUUGCCAGCGACCCCAAGAAUACCUACUACAUCACGGGAGCUCCCCAGUGCCCUAUUCCCGAGCCCAACAUGGGAGAGAUUAUCAGCAGCUCGCAGUUCGACUAUCUCUGGGUCCAGUUCUAUAACAACAACCCGACCUGCUCCCUUGGCCUGCCCGGCGAUGCCCCUUUCAACUUCAACGAUUGGGUGACAUUUAUUUCUACCACGCCCUCCAAGAACGCAAAGCUUUUCAUCGGUGCUCCCGCUUCUACUUUGGGUGCUAACGGCAACGCUGGUGGCGCGAAGUACUAUGCGACGCCCGACCAGCUGGCUUCCAUCGUCGACAGCACAAAGUCCAAUCCCGCCUUCGGAGGUAUUAUGCUUUGGGACGCCGGAUAUUCCGAUUCCAAUGUCAACAACGGAUGCACUUACGCUCAGGAGGCCAAGAGCAUUCUUCUUACAGGCUCCCCAUGCGGAGGAUCUGGCUCCCCUCCGCCUCCUCCAAGCAGCACCUCUAAAGCUCCUCCUCCCGCCACCUCUACUGCGUCCUCAGGAGGUGGCACAGUUCCCCAGUGGGGCCAGUGUGGUGGCGAAGGAUACACGGGUCCGACCCAGUGCGUUGCCCCUUACAAGUGCGUCGCACAAGGUGAAUGGUGGUCUUCUUGCCAGUAAUUUCAGACAAGAUUUGGGAAUGAGGUGGGAUUGAAAGGAACACUCAGCACAUGUGGGGUUUUUGCAUUUCAUGGGAGGAUGUUAUUGAGAUCAACAGAGACGUGACGCUGAGAAGUGGGCUGUGCAAUCCAUUUACAUGAGCAGAGCAUGAAAGAGUUGGGAUUGACCGCUGAAAACGCGAAAAUAACGAAACAAUUUGUAUAUAUGUAUAUAGUCAUGAUAACUCCAAAUCCCAGCAUUGCUGGUUGUUUC